AUGUCGAAAUUUGACAAUAAAGCAUUAAAGGUGAUGUUCUGUGGUGAUCUACCGAUAAACGAUCUGUUUCCGCUAGAAAGUUUAAAAUGUGUAUACAUUAUUACAGACGCCGUUCAACGUUUCGUCGAAUUGCCGACGUACACUGAGGUGAAUCCGGGUGAAGACGCAUUACUUACAUGUCGGAUAUCAGAUAAGAAAGGCGUCUGCUCCUGGCAGAAGGAUAAUAAGCCUGUUGGCAUCUAUCGUGGAAAGUAUGAAUGGGCGAAUGAGAAUAGUCCUAUGGGGGGUGACUGUUCACUGUGGGUGAGAGCGGCGACUUUGCAACUGGAUGAUGGACAAUGGCAGUGUCAGGUUACAGCCAGCAACUAUGAUGUACAGGAUGCUUUAUCAAGUCCACCAGCGGCUCUCGCAGUCAGAGUUCCACCACAGACUCCAAGGAUUCUGUAUAAUAGCUCUCACAUCAUGCCAGGACAGAAUAUCACCGUUCCUGCAGGAGGUAGAGCAACGGUCGUAUGUGAAGCUAGAUACGGCAACCCGCCCGCUUAUAUAGAAUGGUAUUUGGAGAAGGAACGCCUAACGGCUUGGAGUCAAACCAAUUCUUCGGAGGUGGAGCGGCCCAGGGUGUGGGCUGCAAGAUCUGUUCUGGAGCUUGGAGCUACACGGUCAGCUCACGGCAGACAGCUGGCUUGUCGGGCACAUCAUCCUUCAUACCCGUCCCCGUACUAUAGAGACUCUUACACCAUGUUGGAUGUUACUUUCGUCCCCGAAGUAUCAAUCGUUGGAGCUGACUCGAGUUCUCUCACGAGUCUAGAGGAGGGUUCAAGUGCUCUGACUCUCGAAUGCCGAGCGGACGGUAAUCCUAGCCCUUAUGUGUGGUGGACUAAGGACGGUCAGGUCAUAGCUACGAACGGUCACAAGCUGAUAAGGGCACCUGUAUCCAGAAACGAUUCUGGUAUCUACGGAUGUCAAGCGAGAAAUUCAUUGGGUACAUCGGAUUCGGUCAAAAUAGAAAUUGAUGUGAAAUUCUCUCCUCGAGUAACCUGGAUAGGACCAGACACGGUGGUGGAAGCGAACUUGUUCUCAGAAGUAACCCUGGAGUGUAAGGCUGAAGGAAACCCACCACCCUCCUACCAGUGGUAUCAUAAUCCAAACCUGUCAUCAAUGAGCGGUCACCUAGAUGAUGGAUAUCCGAUAUCAUCAACACCACAGCUGUUGCUCCACAACGUCUCUUAUACACAACACGGACGGUACACUUGUAUAGCUACCAAUCAUAUUGGACUUGAAGAAAGGAGUCACCAAUCGGAGGCAAUCACAUUGAACGUGCUUGGACCACCGGUUGGUGCUGAGACAGGUGUGUCGCACGCGUGGUCCGGGGGCGAGGCUCGUGUUCAAGCCGCUGUAUGCGCCGACCCACCACCAAGAAGAGCCGCCUGGCUGUGGGGAAGUCUUAGAUUAGACGUGCCAUCACAUGUUGGUCGUUACAAAGCCCUGGAACCUAGCGACGUAGAUGGCUGCUAUCGCUACACUCUGUUAGUCAGCGGCACUGGUGCAGCAGACGCAAGAGUUUACGUGCUGCAUGUUGAAAACGAAAGAGGAUUCUCCUCACACUCUGUGUCGCUUACUGUACACGAUAAUUUUUCGCUAACAGAGACAGCGCACGUGGCCCCGCUGAUCGCCGCAGCGCUGCUUGUUGCUGCUCUACUUGUGCUGGUGCUGUGUUUGCUGAUUCGCUGCCGUCGGAGAAGAGAGAGCGUCGAAUAUAAGACUGAUGACUUAGAUAGCGAGAAGACCGUCCUGCCAGCUGAUGCUGUGUACUCCCCCCGCGACCCUCCCCGCGCGCCCCCUCCCCGGGACCGGGUGCCGGCGGGCGGUGCGGGGGGUGCGGGGGGCCGGUACUCCCCCGGCGCGCUUCAGGUUCGCCGGGCAGCGGUGGUGCUGCAGCCUCCCACCACCGCAGCGUUGUCGUCGUUGGAACGAGAAGCCAAAGAAAAUGUUUAUGCGAUACUCGAUCCGCAUAUACAAUACGACUUAACUAUAAAUAAUCACGGGGAACCGCCUAAGUACUUAUCGCUAUCAAAGCCUCUAACUCACCAAAGAAAGCACGCUUCCGAACAGCAAAAUAUUAAUGAUAUUAAUUACAAUAAAUUUAUAGACAAUAGAUUUACCACUUUUAAAAAUGAUCAUAAAAUAAGAAAAUCAAAUAGAAGUAAACGCAACAAUGAUAGAAGCUUUGUAAGCAAUAGUAACAAAGAUGUCAAAUAUUCUAUCGAUCCCCAAUUUGGAAUGAUUAGAGAUGGAAAUAAAGAUGUGUUCAACGCACAAUGUAGUAGAAACAAUACACCUAUUAGUUAUAUUAAUAAGGGAAGAAUGUAUGAGAGAAGUUCUGGAAGGAGUAAUAUAAGAAAAAAUUAUGAAAAAGAUGUUGAUAUGAUCAAGAUAGAUGUUAAAAGAACUUCAAAUAGAAGAAAAAUAAAAGACAUAGAUGUACAGAAGCAGAGAAUUCAAGAAAAUGAAAAGGAAUUUUCAUUUGAAGACUUGCAAGUUGAGCAUAAAGUACAAGUCAAUACUGAAGACGAUUCUAUGCCAAAGCCGGGUAAAGUGAAAGAAAUCGCAUCAAGAUUUAAUAGGAGCGCGGAAAAUAUUGAAAGACCUGUGAAUGUGAAAGUGAAUAGACCAAAGAACGUACAAAGUUUUGAUCAAGGUUACUUGGAUCACGUUUUUCCAGACGCUGUAGAAAUUUAG